AUGACGAAAGUAUUCGACGCCGCGGAAGUGGCCAAGCACUCGACGGCCGAGAGCUGUUGGGUGGUGCUAUACGGCAACGUGUACGAUGUGACCGACUUUAUCCCGUCUCAUCCGGGCGGCUCGCGCGUGAUUCUGCAGCUGGCGGGACGCGACUGCACGGCAGAGUUCGACCCGAUCCAUCCGCCGGGGACGCUGGACGAGCUGAAGCCGGAAGCGAAGCUGGGGACGCUGGACGUGGAGAGCAUAAAGGUGGGAGGGGGGGAUGACGAUAAAAGUGCUCCCAAAGACGACGAGACGUAUCGCCCCCCACCGCUGGAGUCGCUGCUGAACCUGGACGAGAUGGAGACGGUGGCGACGAAGCUGGUGCCGCGCAAGGCGUGGUCGUACUACUUUUCGGCGGGCGACGACCUGCUGUCGAAGCGGCUGAACCAUACGGUCUUCCAGCAGAUCCUGCUGCGGCCGCGCGUCUUUGUGGACAUGACGGCGUGCUCGACGACGACGACACUGCUGGGCGGCCAGCUGGCGGUGGGCCUGCCGGUAUUUGUGUCGCCGGCAGCGAUGGCGCGUCUGGGCCACCCGGACGGCGAGGCCGGGAUUGCGCGCGGCGUCUCACGGUUUGGGGCGUUGCAGAUCGUGUCGCACAACGCGUCGAUGACGGUGGAGCAGAUCGUGGCGGACGCGCUGCCGGGACAGCUCUUUGGCUGGCAGAUCUACGUGCAAAAGGACCGGCGCAAGAGCGAGGCGAUGCUGGCCCGGAUCAACGGCCUGUCCCAAUACUACCGCUGUGUGGUCCUGACGCUGGAUGCCUCUGUGCCGGGAAAGCGUGAAGACGACGAGCGACAGCAGUUUGGGACCGGAGCCAGCUUUGCGGCCGCUACCCAGGAUGUCGGCAGCCAGCCGGCCGGGGCCGGGAUCGGACGGCAGAUGUUCUUCGGCACAGCCACCGACAUCACGUGGCAGACCACGCUGCCCUGGCUCGCUGCCCACACGUCGCUGCCGAUCGUGCUCAAGGGCAUCCAGACCCACGAAGACGCCUGGCUGGCGGCUCGCUAUGCGGCCGCCCAUCCCGGCUCGGUCCAGGCCAUCAUCCUGUCGAAUCACGGCGGCCGCUCGCUCGACACGGCUCCGCCGGCCAUCCACACGCUGCUCGAGAUCCGCAAGUACUGUCCGGCCGUGUUCGACCACGUCGAGGUCUGGAUCGACGGCGGCGUCCAUCGCGGCACCGACGUCGUCAAGGCUCUCUGUCUCGGCGCCAAGGCUGUCGGUGUCGGUCGCGCUGCCCUCUGGGGCCUCGGCGCUGGCGGCUGGCGUGGCGUCGACCGUACCUUUGAGAUCCUCUCCGACGAGAUCAAAACCUGCAUGCGUCUGCUCGGCGCCACCUCCAUCGCCGACCUCAACCCACGUCUGGUCAACACACGUGCUGUCGAACGAGACAUCUUCGACGGCGGGGCUGGCCUCAACGAGCUCGGCCUCCUCCCCGUCAAGGCUAAGAUCUGA